CAACAUCCCAAGGGUUCUGGUCUGCCCUUCUAAUACAGUUCGCUGUGCGAAACCGCACCCAGUGACUCAAUGGCGAAGAUCCCCCGAUUAGACGAACCAGUUUAGCACGUUGACCCAGUUAAAAUGGGCAGUUAAAAUUGAUUAGCAACGAGAUGCCGACAAGUUGACUGAACUUGCCCAUUACCAAGAACCUUUCUUGAGAUUUUAUCAUAGUCAAAGACUUGGGUAUAAAAGUGGCCAGCGCAAAUCGAAGAAUCAACAGUUCAACAAAAUGAAUCACAGAGUGCAAAUAUUGGUGAUCUUGGGCCUGGUCUUUGGCAGUCACGCUCGCAUUCCCAACCUGCGACGCGUUGUCGGAUCGGGACGCAGUAAUUUGGAUAUAGACGUCGAGGAACCGAUUGGUCCUCAAAUUCUCAUCUAUUCCCCAGGCGAGUCCAUGGCCAGAUCCGAUGACCAGGAGCCCACCUUCCACGAACCGCAAAUCAGGGAAGAAGCACCGGACACCGAACUGGAUAAGGACAGUCGCAAAGUGCCCGACUACCUCUACUCGAAUGCCAUUCCCAUGGUGAACGAUCAGAAUCUAAAGUAUGUGGUUCCUCAAGUGGCCGCCUUCCCAGUGGCCUAUGGCCCUCAGUUAAUCUCCAACAAGAAUGCCAUUGGCUCUAACCAAGGAAAUGGUCUUUCCUACGUUGUGGUGCCUCGAGUCCAAUUGGGUUUCAAUGUUCAGGGCCAGUCGGGCUUCAAUUGGCCUGGUCUGAAUCUGCUGCCAACGAAUCUGGCCGGUGAUGCCGCCGUUGCCGAGAAGGAGGAACCCCAAGCACCCACCGCCUACAUUCCCAUUCCAGUGCCCGGUCCUCCUGGUCCGCCAGGUCCACCAGGCCAGCGGGGACCUGCAGGUCCGCCAGGUCCUCGGGGUCCACGCGGUCCUGCCGGUGAGUCUGGCAUUAUUUCGGCCCAGAAACCUCAGAGCAUUUGGUACACCCAAGCGGGUAGCAGCAAUAAUAAUCUUAAUAGCAAGCCCCAGUACAACCAGCCCUUUUCCGGCGGCUAUCAAAGCUGAACAGCAAGCAUAAAUAAAUGGCAGUGAAUGGCGAAAAGUACCAAUGUUUUUUAAUUAAAGGCAAUUUCGCAUUAAAAGUAUUUAUUUUUUAUUUUUCAGGCGAUAUCAGCAAUAGUACGAGUCUCACAGGAUGUAGUCGAGCUAUUAUAUCUAUGAUGGUGGUGUGUGUGUGUGGUCUAAUCGCAUGUAUGCCAUUUGGCUUUACUUUAUGCUCCAUUACGGCAUCCUCUUAUCUGUGAUUACAGUGUGUAGUAUCCAUGUGGCCGGUACACUUGUACUUCGGAGAGCACGUCGCUGGCAUUAUCUGCAGUAUGAUAUGUUAUAUAUAUAUAUAUAUAUAUAUAUAUAAUAUCUACGUAUCUUUGUAUCUAUCGUAACGAGUGUGUCAAACGCUGGCGUUGUGGUCAGACCAUAAAAGGUCUGGCGGAAUGCUCGUGUUUGGUGUCAGUUUAUGGCACGCUAGUUCUGCACACAUGCAGACGUAAGCACGAUGAUGAUUGUGUGUAAUUUACAUGGAUUUUAAUAUCACUUGGCACCGAAACCUGGGGUUGGAAUAUGGAACGCUUUUUAUACGCUCGCUCGCUUUUUGUUAUUUGUAUUUCGCUUUUUAUUAUUUUUUUUUUCUUUUGUGGCCCCAUCGACGUGUCGCCACCUGAAAUGAUUGCCAUCUCUGUUGCUCAUUUGGUAAAUGAUGUCGUGAAAACACACAACCGCCACACUAGUUCAACCCAUUUGGCUGGCAGUUUUAGUUUUUAUUGCUCUCGAGUUGUAGUAUCCGAAAAACCAACACAUUUGAUACGCAGCACGCAUUUGUUUCAAUUAAAUGAAAAUGUUUUAUACGUUUAGUGUGUUUGUCUCACUCACAGCAGCUGCAGUUUACGGGGGCCACAAAAU